AUGACUGCAAAUAGAUCAUCCAAUGUCAUGACAUUGUUCUUGUUGAGGCAUGGGCAAAGUGAAUUGAAUCAUGAGAACAUAUUCUGUGGGUGGAUUGACGCUAAGCUGACUGAUAAAGGUAAAGAACAAGCUCGUCAUUCCGCCGAGCUAAUCAAGCAAUAUUGUAAAGCGAAUAAUUUGAAAUUACCCCAGAUUGGUUAUACUUCACGUUUAAUAAGAACUCAACAGACUAUAGAAACGAUGUGCGAAGAAUUCAAGUUAAAGCCACAACUACAGAUUGUUUACGACUUCAAUAAAAUUAAACUUGGGGACGAAUUUGGCAGUGACAAGAAGGAUAAUAUGAAAAUCCCGAUUCUUCAAACCUGGAGGUUGAACGAACGUCAUUAUGGCUCCUGGCAGGGCCAGAGGAAGCCAAAUGUCUUAGAAGAAUAUGGUAAGGAUAAGUACAUGUUCAUUAGAAGAGAUUAUGAAGGUAAGCCACCACCUGUAGACCUUGACCGUGAAAUGAUUCAACAAGAAAACGAGAAGGGCUCUUCCACUGGAUACGAAUUCAAGGAACCAAACAGGCAAAUAAAAUAUGAGUUAGAAUGUAGCAAUCACGAAAUUGUGUUACCGGAUUCUGAAUCCCUUCGUGAGGUGGUUUAUAGAUUGAACCCCUUUCUACAAAAUGUCAUACUAAAAUUAGCCAAUCAAUAUGAUGAAUCUUCGUGCCUAAUUGUGGGCCAUGGAAGCUCAGUGAGAUCGCUAUUGAAGAUUCUGGAAGGUAUAUCGGAUGAUGACAUCAAGAAUGUUGAUAUUCCAAACGGCAUUCCCUUGGUUGUUGAAUUGGAUAAGAAUGAUGGUCUCAAGUUCAUCAGGAAGUUUUAUCUGGAUCCUGAAUCUGCUAAGAUCAAUGCUGAGAAAGUUCGUAACGAGGGUUUCGUAAAAAACCCCUAA